AUGAACAAGCUCGACAUGCUCAACCGCCUCCGCGGGCACCCAAAACCCCGCACCUACCCCGAGCUCCCCAACUCCCUCCGCUCACAAUCCGUCGAGCUCGACGACUUCCGCAAAGUCCACGUCACCCGCGCGCCCACCGCCCCCGAAGUGACCCCUUACCUGAGCCUACGCUCCCGCCUCUCCCAGAUAUGGAUCAACCGGUGGACCGUCCUCCUGCUCCUCGUGCUGGUGCGCGUCAUGAUCGCCGUCACCGACCUCGACGACGACAUUGGCGAGGCCAAGAUCAAGGCGCUGCAGGCGUGCACCAAGGUCGAGGAUAUCGGUAGCGCCAUGUCCUCCAUGCCGCACUACCUCUCCCUCGGCCUAGCCGUGACCGUCAUCGAGAACCUCAUCAUUUUUGUGAUUAACAUGAUGGUGUCGACCUACGUGUGCCUCGCCUCCGCCGUCAUCCACGGCACGCUCGACGUCGCCGCCGACGUGGUGGAAAAGUUCACCAAGGCCAUGAACGGCGCCAUCUCGGGCAUCGCCAACGGCAUCUCCAGCGACGCCAAGAGCAUCCAGGACAAGAUUAACGAUCUGACCAGCUCCAUCGAGGAAUCCGUGUUCGGCCCCAUCCUGCCCGACAUCCCCGACGUCGAUUUCACGUCCGCCCUCGACAAGCUCAAGGACCUCAAGAUCGACACCUCGGGCUUCGUCGCCGACAUCGACACCCUCAACAACAAGAUCCCCACCUUUGACGACGUGCGGAACCUGACGGAGCGCGCCAUCUCGUUCCCCUUCCAGCUCAUCAAGAAGGAGAUCAACGAGUCCCUCGCGGGUUUCACCUUUGACCGCGACGUGUUCCCCGUCGCCCAGAAGCAGAAGCUCACGUUUUGCUCCGACAACGACAACAUCAACGGCUUCUUCGACGGGCUCUACACCACCGUCAGCACCGCCCGCACCGCCUUCAUCGCCGUCGUCAUCGUCCUCGCCCUCCUCGCCAUGGUCGUCAUGGGCUGGCUCGAGAUCAAGCGCUGGCGCCGCCAGCAGGCCCACGCCCGCAUCAUCGAGGCCAACCAGUACGACCCCAUGGACGUCGUCUACCUCGCCUCCCGCCCCACCACCUCGGCGUGGGGGAUCAAGAUCGCCGCCCGCUUCCAGGGCAAGCGCCAGGUCCUCGCCCGCUGGUGCGUCGCCUACGCCACCUCCCUGCCGGCCGUCUUCGUCCUCUCCCUCGCCAUCGCCGGCUUCUUCUCCUGCCUGUGCCAGUUCAUCGUCCUGCGCGCCGUCCAGCACAAGGUCCCCGAGCUCGCGAACCAGGUUGGCGACUUCGCCGGCGACGUCGUCGAGAGCCUGCAGGGCGUGUCCAAGCAGUGGGCCACCGACGCCAACAGCGUGAUUAUCAACUUCAACGACGAGAUCAACAACGACGUGCUCGGCUUCGUCACCGAGGGCACCGACGCCGUCAAUAACACGCUCAACACGUUUACCGCCCAGAUGGAGAAGGGCAUCGACGCCCUCUUUGGCGACACCGUCCUGAACAAGGUGGCCUCGGACCUCAUCCGCUGCGUCAUCGGCCUCAAGAUCGAGGCUGUGCAAAAGGGUCUCACGUGGCUGCACGACCAGGCCCGCGUCGAUUUUCCCCUCUUCUCCGAGGACACGUUUAGCCUGGGCGCGCAGGAAUCUAUCUCGGGCGACUCGGACCUGACCACUUUCCUCGCCAGCCCGUCCUCCGUCACCACCGACGAGGUCACCGGCGCCGUCCAAAAGGUCGUCGACUCCCUCCACAAGAGCAUCCUCAUCGAGGCCCUCAUCUCCACCGGCCUGCUCUGCGUCUACAUCAUCAUCGUCCUCAUCGGCGUCGUCCGCACCCUCGCCGGCAUGGCUACCCCGGACCGCACCAGGGGCGAGGGCGGCGCCGCGCCCACCACCGCGGACCUCCAGCACAGGGACACGUACGGCGAAGGAUUCAACGACUACUACGAAAACGGGAACGCCGGCCCUGGUUACUACAAUGCCGGUGACGCAAAGUCGACGGGCGGUGCGCCGGGUCCCCAUCCCGCCACCGCGACGGCCACGGAGCCGUCGACAAUCAGUUCUAGAGGAACGCCCCUCUACGAGGCGAUGCCCGCGAACGUGGUCAUCGGUCCGCCCCCGGCCAAAAAGGUCAAGAGGCAAAAUGGGCAGUCGCGUGAUGAGUAG